AUCAUUUUCUUUAACAAAAAAAAAAAAAAAUUAUAUACACUUAAAAAGAAAAUGGUGGAGGUUCAAGAUUUAGAACCACUAAGUCCAAUUCAAGACGAAGAUGAGGAUGACUUGGAAGAAGAUGAGGACGAAUUUGAACGUUGCGGUGAAGAAAUCAGCUACGACGAUCUCAAGAAACGCAUGUGGAAAGAUCGAAACCUCAUGUGUAAGCUCAAGCAGCAGAAAAGAGAUAAUCAUAGCUCCGUUAAUUCUUCGCCGUCAUCUUCCACGUCAGCAUCAUCCUCUUCCCCCUCCUCCGGUAUCGUGCGCCGAGCAGAAGCUUCACGCCGCAAGAAAAUGGCUCGAUCUCAAGAUUCGGUGUUGAAGUACAUGAUGAAGAUAAUGGAAGUUUGCAAAGCUCAAGGAUUUGUUUACGGAAUCGUACCGGAAAAGGGUAAACCGGUAACCGGUUCUUCAGACAGUUUAAGACGUUGGUGGAAAGAAAACGUUCAAUUCGAUCAAACCGCUCCAAACGCUGUUUCUGAUUACUUAACUUUAGCGGCUGCUCAGUUAAUCUCAUCAAACGAAUCUAUAGAUCCGAAUUCGUAUAUUCACAUGCUUCACGAGCUACAAGACACGACUUUAGGUUCGUUGUUAUCAGCUUUGAUGCAACAUUGCGUACCGCCACAACGGCGGUUUCCGUUGGAAAAAGGUUUGGCUCCACCGUGGUGGCCCAACGGGACGGAGUUAUGGUGGGGAGAACAAGGAGCUGCGGCGUUUGAGCACGGCCCGCCGCCGUAUCGGAAACCGCACGAUCUAAGAAAAGCUUGGAAAGUGAGCGUUUUAGCGGCUGUGAUUAAACACAUGUCGCCGAAUUUGGAGAGAGUGAGACGGCUCGCGAGACAGUCCAAGUGUUUGCAAGAUAAGAUGGUGGCGAAAGAGACUGAUACCUGGUCUCGUGUGUUGAAUCAAGAAGAAGCUCGUCUCAAUCGCCUCAAGAUCUCAGAUGACGAGGACGAGGAUCAAGAACCAGCAAAAUUCACUUCGCAAGAUCAAGAACUGCGGAAAGAAAAAAGGGUUGAUCAAGAAACGUCGCUAAAUACUUGUUUUCUUGUAGCCCAAGAUCAAGAACAGUUGGGUAACAAGAGAAAAGGUAAGUUUGCGGAGCAAGAGGCGAUGUUAUCUAAUGUAUACACUUGCCAAAACUCGAGUUGUCCUUCGAGUGAUGUGAGUUUAGGAUUCGUGGACAAGAACUUGAGGACCGGUCACGAGAUUGAGUGUCUCUACGGGACUCAAGAACUGGUGAACCAGAGUAGUGGUGGUGGCUCGGACGGGUUUGUUAGGUCCAUGACUACAAGUGACGAUGAUUACAGCGCGAGCUCGAAGGCAGAGGACACAAGAGAUUAUCAUAAUCAAGAUGGAAACUGGCUAGAUUAUCUCUGGUUCGAGAGGUUACAUGGCUUGAACUGUUCUGAUCAAGGAUUUGGAGAUCAAACAAGCACAGUGGAUUUGAACCAAUUACCAGAUCAUUCUGACUCGAAUCAGACCAUGAACGAGGAAGAUUUCUCGUUAUGGGACAUGGGUUGUGAAGACAGAGAUAUUUACAUGUCUCAAGAUUGAAAAAAUGUCAACUUUGGAAUAUAUAUUCUCUAGUUACAAUGUAUUAAAAACAGAGUUAAGAGAAUAAACAGAGAAAAUUUUU